AUGUCAUUAAGCGAGCCGAUCUUGGGAAUAGCAGAACCACUACAACAAACAGUCCUCAACUGUCGAAAGCAGAAAAUCCGCGAUCAUGCCAAGCUCUUCCUCCUCUACUCGCAAAAUCGUCAGCAGAACUCGAUAGAACGAAGCAAGCGGCUGCCGCCUUCCCUAAUAGACGAGCUAGCCGCCAAGCUCUGCUACUUUGGAAUCUACGGCGCCGUCAUGAAGCUACAUUUUGAGCAAGGAAUGCUCGACGAGGCGGCGGUCGCCGAACGAGCCAAAGUGUUGGCUAUGUAUCAAAGUGACAAGGACGAGCUGAUGCGAAGGAUAUCCCAAUUUGACGAGGAGCUGCACAGUAAGGCGAUCGGGCUGGCCAAGCACCAACAAGAGAAGCUACACCGGCUGGGCCUUCCCCAUUUCCAACCCACCGACGAUCCGGACAAGUUAUCCACGCAGGUGGCCAUCAUCGACUUUAUCCUUUUCUUGCCACCAGAAGAAAUCUAUUAUUCUGUCGACCCGAGGACCAAGCAAGCCGUGUUUUAU